CCCCAGCCCGACUGUAGAUGGUGAACCGGCUGCGGGACCGAGAGUCGGAGACACUAACCGGCGCAGAGCAGCAGAAAAGAUCCGCUUUCGGUCCAGGGGCUGCGUCUCUAUACGCGGGCAGAGUUCACCGUGUUAGCCGUUCAGUCUGUCGCUUUGCGGGAGUUUAAACAGUGCGAAGCGCCCUCGAGUCGCAGCCUGAGACCAGCUCCUCGGGAACCAGCAGGAGGGGGAAAGCGCCUCGUUACUCCUGGGGCUUUUACCAGGGUGUGUUAACUCGUCAGCUGGGAGUAAUUACGGAGCUCCGGUGAGCGGGAGACGGUGGUGCAGUGGAGUGGAGCGGGGACACAGCUGUUCGUCAGCCUGUCUGUGUCGCUGCCCGUCGAGCAGACGAGCUGCUGUGCUAGCCGAAUGAGGCACCGGCCGAGCUGACCCGCAGCUCCGUCAGCCGCAGCAGCGAGAGAGCGAGAGAGCGACGGGCCAGAGCGGUCCGGGAGAGGACGGUUAGGCGUUAGCCGACCCGCCAGCAGCGGCUGCGGAAAAGAGGACCACCGCCACCACCACCAUCCCCCGAGAGCCGGUGCUCCAGCUGUAGGAAGCCGGCUGACUGGACUCCGGGCAGAGACCUCAUGAAUGGAAAUCAGUCCUACAGAAGCCGUUGGGGCUGCGCCCCUGUUUGCCGUGCCACGGAGGCCUGGCUAUGGCACCAUGGGGAAGCCCAUCAAGCUGCUGGCCAACUGCUUUCAGGUGGACAUCCCCAAGAUGGAUGUCUACCUGUACGAGGUCAACAUCAAGCCUGAAAGAUGCCCUCGUCGUGUCAACAGGGAAGUGGUGGACUCCAUGGUGCAGCAUUUUAAGGUGACCAUCUUCGGGGACAGAAAGCCAGUCUAUGAUGGCAAGAGGAGCCUGUACACAGCACAUCCCCUGCCAGUCGCUACAGCAGGGGUAGAUCUAGAUGUGACCUUGCCUGGCGAGGGUGGUAAGGACCGGCCCUUUAAAGUCUCCAUCAAGUUUGUAUCACUAGUCAGCUGGCAUAUGUUGCACGAAGUACUAACAGGACGGAGCAUGCCUGAGCCGCUAGAGCUGGACAAGCCAAUCAGCACUAACCCUGUCCAUGCUGUAGAUGUGGUCCUACGCCACCUGCCGUCCAUGAGGUACACCCCAGUGGGACGGUCUUUCUUCUCCUCUCCUGAAGGUUAUGAUCACCCACUGGGAGGGGGCAGGGAGGUGUGGUUUGGGUUCCACCAGUCAGUGCGACCAGCUAUGUGGAAAAUGAUGCUGAAUAUAGAUGUGUCUGCUACGGCCUUCUACAAAGCCCAGCCGGUGAUCCAGUUCAUGUGUGAGGUUCUCGACAUCCACAACAUCGAUGAGCAGCCCCGUCCGCUUACAGACUCCCACAGAGUAAAAUUCACCAAAGAAAUCAAAGGUCUGAAGGUGGAGGUGACCCACUGUGGCACUAUGAGGAGAAAGUAUAGGGUGUGCAAUGUCACUCGCCGGCCUGCCAGCCAUCAAACGUUUCCUCUGCAACUAGAGAAUGGACAGACCGUUGAGAGAACAGUGGCACAGUACUUCCGAGAGAAAUACAACCUGCAGCUCAAAUAUCCCCAUCUGCCCUGCCUGCAGGUGGGCCAGGAGCAAAAGCACACCUAUCUGCCCCUGGAGGUGUGUAAUGUUGUAGCUGGGCAACGGUGCAUAAAGAAACUGACAGACAACCAGACCUCCACCAUGAUCAAAGCCACAGCUCGUUCAGCACCAGACAGGCAAGAGGAGAUCAGCAGACUGGUGCGCAGUGCAAACUACGAGGCCGACCCAUUCGUGCAGGAAUUCCAGUUCCGUGUGCGGGACGAGAUGGCGGAGGUGACGGGCCGCGUCCUGCCCGCCCCCAUGCUGCAGUACGGCGGCAGGGUGAGCUCUGAACACUUUCUGAAUCGUACAGUAGCCACCCCAAGCCAUGGAGUAUGGGACAUGAGAGGAAAGCAGUUCCAUACUGGUGUAGAAAUCAAAAUGUGGGCCAUCGCCUGCUUCGCCACCCAGAGACAGUGCCGAGAGGAGAUCCUCAAGAGCUUUACAGACCAGUUGCGAAAGAUCUCGAAAGACGCGGGUAUGCCCAUCCAGGGCCAGCCUUGCUUCUGCAAGUACGCUCAGGGAGCAGACAGUGUGGAGCCCAUGUUUAGACACCUGAAGAACACCUACGCUGGACUGCAGCUCAUCAUCGUCAUCCUGCCUGGGAAAACACCUGUCUAUGCGGAGGUGAAGCGUGUUGGAGAUACUCUUCUAGGAAUGGCCACUCAGUGUGUGCAGGUGAAGAAUGUGGUAAAGACUUCUCCACAGACUCUCUCCAACCUCUGCCUCAAGAUCAACGUUAAACUAGGUGGCAUCAACAACAUCCUGGUCCCACAUCAACGUCCAUCGGUGUUCCAGCAGCCAGUUAUCUUCCUUGGUGCUGACGUCACUCACCCGCCGGCAGGAGAUGGCAAGAAGCCCUCAAUCGCUGCGGUGGUGGGGAGUAUGGAUGCCCACCCAAGCCGGUACUGUGCCACAGUGCGGGUCCAGAGGCCCAGGCAGGAGGUUAUCCAGGACUUGGCCUCUAUGGUUAGAGAGCUGCUCAUCCAGUUUUACAAAUCCACCCGCUACAAGCCCACCCGACUCAUCUUCUACAGGGAUGGUGUGUCUGAGGGACAGUUUCGCCAGGUGCUGUACUAUGAGCUGCUGGCCAUUCGUGAGGCCUGUAUCAGUCUUGAGAGAGAGUAUCAACCUGGCAUCACCUACAUCGUUGUCCAGAAACGCCACCACACACGACUUUUUUGUGCUGAUCGUAAUGAGAGGGUUGGGCGAAGUGGUAACAUUCCUGCUGGUACCACUGUGGAUACAGAUAUCACCCAUCCAUACGAGUUUGACUUUUACCUCUGCAGUCAUGCUGGAAUACAGGGCACAAGCCGGCCUUCACACUACCACGUGCUGUGGGAUGACAACUGCUUCACAGCUGAUGAGUUUCAGCUGCUAACCUACCAGCUGUGCCACACUUACGUGCGUUGCACCCGAUCCGUGUCCAUCCCGGCACCAGCCUAUUACGCCCACCUGGUUGCCUUCCGAGCCCGCUACCACCUGGUGGACAAGGAGCAUGACAGUGCGGAGGGAAGUCAUGUUUCUGGGCAGAGUAAUGGUCGGGAUCCCCAGGCUCUGGCCAAGGCUGUGCAGAUUCACCACGACACCCUGAGGACCAUGUACUUUGCCUAACUCCACUUCCUCCUCAUUAACACUCACCUGUCAGUCACUUGGCAUCAUGCACUGAGCUGGAGACAGCUCCUCCCAGUUGCACCGGCAACCAACCACAGGCUGCCCUGCUGCUAAAACGAACCAAACGUAACUAAAACCAAUGGGAGGGGUGGGAUUAACACUGUUAUGCAAUAGAAUAGGAGAAAAAAACAGCCAGUCUUUUCUAAGAACUCACUCCUUCUUUUUCUGCUUCUCGCCGUGUUGGUCUGUGAGUCCUAAGAAAGAAGUGUGGCAGAUAUACUGUUAUUUAUUAGUGUUGAGUUUGUUUGUGUGUGAGCUUCAUGGAGCCCUUUUUAGAACGUUGAGGUAAAUCAGCUCAAAUUAAGUUAAUUGAUUGCUCAAGAAUGAAAGUUAUCAUGAAGGUCAAGCCAUUUCACUUCAGUGAGCUGAAGAUAAGGUCACCACUAGAGGUCGGUAUGGCACCAUGAAACCGACUGGUCACUGUCAGAGGUGGUAGAUGUAGUGUUUUGCUUCAUUCUAAUCAUAUUGCCAGUGGUUUAAAUGCAGGGGAAGAUGAUGGGUCAUCGCCACUGGACAUUGUUUCACUGCAAACAAACUACAUCUUUUGCUUGAUCCAUGUUUAUUAAAUUUAGUUAGUUUUUAAGAAUGCCUCCAGUCAGCGCUCUUAGUCUGAGACACUUGAUGUGUCGGGACGCCCUUUUUAUUUUGUUUUUAUGCCUGUGUGUUUGUGUGUCUUAAACAAGGUUCAGAGGUGACUCUGCCCUUUUUUUUCCUUUUGGCCAGCUUACAUCAUCUGUUGUAAAACUGAGACAUUUAAUGUCUGUGUUCAUGCACUGCUUGGAAAACAUUGUAGCUUUAUGUUCAUUUAUGAUUACCUUAUUGUUUUUGCGUGCGUGUGGGGGAGGGGGUGGUUUUUGUUUUUUAUUUUCCCCCUCCUCUUCUGUGCAUGCAGUGAGUGACACAUUAGCUAAGAACCUUGCUUUCACUUAAAGUACAACCUCUGAACAUCCAUUAAAUUCAACCCAAGGUUGGUGAAAGAUUUCUGUUCAGAGGAGUGGGUGUGCAAGCAUGUCUGCGUGCUCUUUAAAGGAAUUGUUCAGUGGAAAAUUAAAUUCACACAAUUUUCCACUUAGCCCAGAUGUAGCCAAUAAACACGUUCAGAGUCCAAAUUUUGCUUCUUAACUUCAAAAACUGGAGGUGCAUGGCUAACGUUGCUAACAAGCACUAGAACUCAGUAGUCACCCAAAUCUUCCCCAUAAAUCCCCAAAACAGAAGCCUGUUGUAUAUGGCACUUUUGGCUUGCCAACUAAGCUUAGCCAAAAUGUUACAGAACAGGUUUGAUUUUGGCUUUCUGUCAUUCCAGUCACACUCUAAACUUGUGUCAGCAGAGCAUCAGGUAGUCAGAAUCAAACCUGUACUGUGGUGUGUGGUGCUGUUUGCAUCUGUAGCCUACAGAUUACACACUAAAUUAGCUGAUCCAGCUUCAGAUCCCAACACCACAGAACAGCUUUAAUUUAGCCUUACUGCCUUUUCACUGCCAGUCGCUCGACUUCACUCCCUCACAUUUUAUUCGUCAUCAUGUGAACUGUUUUCACUGUUUUACUUGGCCAGAAUCGAACAUGUUCUGCGUUGAGCAGCCCUCUUAUCAUGUUAGCUAAGCUAAUCCCGUUGAUCAGUUGUUUAGGUGGAUGAUUUGGCAUUUUUUCAUUGAAGAAUUAUUGAAUUGGGUUCAAAAUCAUGCACUAUUUUUUAUUUUUGAGAUCAUGUGAACAAACUGAUUAUUUUCAGUCACGAUGAAAAAAAAAAAAAAACUUUAAAUGCUGGUCGCUUAUGAACUAUUCCUUUAAAUGUGGUCACUGGCAUGUAGUUGUGGCCUCCAGAAGGUACUGAAAUAUGUUGACACAACUUCAUGGAAGGAUAUUGAAUGUUUUGAUAUCUUUCAUACUCACUUUAUAAGAAAAUUUUGAUAUUUUAAUCCUUUACAUCUUAAUCCUUUUCUAUCCUUUUAUGAACAUGUUGCUUUUAUCAAAAAACUAUCAAUAGUUCAUCUGUAAAUCAUGCGAAUAACCUAUCGGUGACGGAUUCGUUUUCAUUCUUUCACUGUUGACUUUGACUAACACUGUCCGUAAAGACUUUCAGUGCAAUAAGCCAACCAUUGACGGCUCUGGUAAAUUGUCAUUGUCCGACAAAUACCACAACUUGUGAAUGAGAUUUCAUCAUAAACGCUGUUUGCUGACUAAUGUGGCAUUUUGAAGAUUUUGAAUGUUUGAGUAGGUGGAUUUGUUCAAAAAGUGAGAGAGCAGUGGUAGGCAUGCAGAUCUCUGAGUGCUAUGUUACUGUGUCCAUGUUGGAGAUAGGAUUUCAUGUCUUUUGGAUUCAAGUUAGUUUGUAUUUUGAGACAAAGUGCCUGGAGACACCUUCUAAGCAGAUUCAGGCCCAUCUAGAGAGGUUUUAGUAUCUGUGCCAUUGAACCUUGUGCUGCAGUUUGUUGAAAAGCAGUGUUUUCGAAGUUGCACUGAAUUGACUUCAAAACAUGUACAAUGGAAUUAUUGUAGAGUUUGACCAAAUGAAGUUGAUCCUUCGAGCAUCUUUGAGACUCUGCACCAUUGAAAAUUUGCCUUCACAUCUUAGAACUGACUUCAGAAUCAAAGGGCGUUUUCUUCUUCUCUUUCUUUCCAUCUUUUCUCUGGCUCUCCCUCUUUCUCUUACCUUGACAGUGGGCAAAAGCAUGUACUGCCAUACUGAAAAGUAGUAAGUGUACUAGUCUUUUCCAAAAGCAUGUUUGCUUAAAAUGCCCCUUUGAUGUACUUCUUGAUCUAGGAGUCCUUCUUGGGAUAGUUGGGCCAAAAAUGCUAACAGUGCUAAUCAAAGCUAGCAGCCGCCAAUUAGCAUUAUGCAAAUGAUAUCAUGCCAUUGGGUGGACACUAGCUCUUGGGUCGUGUUUUUGGCCGGACUCUCCCACGAUUUACUCUUCAGGAAGCAUAUAGGCCUUUUGGUCCUGGAGGACAGUGAAAACAAGAAGGUGUGAGGAAAACUGACAUUUCUUUGACUUUAUGUUCAAUAUGCUGAUUAUUGCUGAGCUUUGGAAGGCGGUACAAGCCGCAGCUGACUUCUAAAGGUUUUGUUAUCAAGUUCUUGGAUCUAACCAAUGUGCCUCGGUAGAUGGAGAUACCCCUGAGAGUUCCCUCUGGACGGUGUUCCCAGUUACAGGUCGAGGGCUGUUGUGGUAUUUGUUAAUGGUGUGGCCUCCACUUGCCCACUGUUUCCUCUUUUCUCACAGCCAUGAACCAGGGUUUUUCUUCAGGAAGAUCAGUAACUUAAGCGAGGACAGUCCUGUGUAAUACCCCCUUAGUGUAGCUGCUAGUACACAUGAUACCACAAAAGAGAUCUGUGUGUGUAAAGAGAGAGAGAGUGCAAGCGUCUGCAUGAGGAAUGAUGACGAUAUUACCGCACUUAACUGUUUUAACCCGUUGUACGGUCUCAGCUCGGGCUAAACACCUAUGGUGCUAAGAGGUGCGGUGCUGUAAUUUUUGGGAAUUGGAACAUGUAGACCACCAUUCCCUCAACGUUCCACAGCUAACCGUGAACCCUCGCCAUGUUUUUGUUGUUUUGCUUUUUUCUUUUGUGUUUUGGAGGAGGAGGAGGUGUUCAGAAGUUAAGUUAAACUGAGUGUUUUGAAGUAGUGGAGCUUAAGCUUUAAAGAGAUGUUUUGCGCAAUUUGGCUUGUUCUGUAAUGCCGGCUUUAACAAGUUAGCUCGUCCAAUGUUGCAAAUGAAUGAUUAUUAAGUUUAAAAGGGCCAGGUGUUCAAAACCCUUUAAGCUCAAUUCCUGAGCGAAGUAUGAGUGCGAAAACAUUUUUUCAGUCCUCUGAAUCAAAUUAGCUCUGAGUGUUCAGAGCUUUGGAACAGCUGGUCUCUUACACACUUUGAUAAGUGAACAAUCUGUGCAGUUGCACGGUAGUUUGAGGGCUCUUUCACAUUCCACUGGUUCUCGCCACACAUUUCACUCCAGUGUUCUAGAGUAAGACAUUUGAUAGAGUGCUUUAAAUUCUCAUUUGUUCCAACAGUCUGUUCAAGUAGUCUGUAGUCCCUGUUAAAGUGUAAACAGGCCCUGUAUGAAUGGGGGGCGGGGCAGGGGGUUUGAUUUGAGUUGGUCCGAGAAGCAGCUCUUCAGUCUACACGUUCGGCUGCCUUUGGAUGGCUUUGGUGCGCAGCACUGUGAAAACACCCAAAGUCUCUAUACAUUUUGAAGCUUGAAGUUGUAACUGUUACUUCUUUGGCACUACCAGCAUUUCAUUGUACUUGAAAUAGUUGAGAUUGAUCAGUAGGGCCAGUGUACCCACGCAUGUAUGACUGUAAGAGUCUUGUUUGUUUUGUCCUUUAUAACAGCAUUCUGUAGUAAAGUCUAUCUGCUCAUGUUGCCACGGAAACGGUUGCUAGAGCCCCGGUAGGCAGGGUGUUUCUGUGGGGGGUGGAGCUGUUAUUAUUGUGAGGGUGGAGCAUAAACUGUGAUGUAACACCCCCCCCCUCCCCCCCCUUCUCCCCACCUUUUGCUAAAAGCUGGACUAUGGAUGCCUUGGCUCAAAGCAUUUUUAAUUAAGAGCAAAAGUAUAUUUGUAUAUUUAAAGAAUGGAUCUGUAUAAUGCACACCACUUAUUUUUGCUAACAAAGUCUAUGAGAGAUAACAGAUGAUAAUAUAACAUUAAUAUUAAAUAAUGAGUGUCUAAUAAUAACAAUCAGUUAAACAAUGCAAUAGACCGUUGACCUCUAGGUUUCUUUUUUGUUUUUAGAAAUUAAUGUUCACCACAUUGGUAUUGGAGUUGUUUUAAGUGGCGAAUGUUGUUUUAUGAACGGAUGAUCCUUCAGUCCUCCAACCUUCAUACUAAUUAUUUUAUUGGUGUUUCUUUUUUAUUUAGGGCAUAAGAACAGAUAAAACACUGCCCUUUAAAGGUCCAUAAUGAAAUGGUUCUUGAAGCUGAUUGCAAAAGUCGAAAAGUUUUAUCCAUAUAAACGGUCGAACCUGUUUGUUUUUCCCCCCAUUUUUUCCCCACAUGUUGGAGGUGAAGGUUCACCCUACGAGGAGAAUAGUGAGUGGAAUGUGCCUUUCUUGAUGGUGCUGAUCUCAUACUAGCAAAUAAAGGACAAAAAAAAAACUUUUGAAACGUUCAAAGGGCACAACAAGCCUCUGUCUACAUUGAAGAUGAGUAUAUAUUGAUACAUGAUAUACUGUAUAAUGUGUGUAUGUGUUCAAAGUGUGUGUAAUUGUACUUCUUUGUUUGCCAAGAACACGUCAAUAAUACUCGCUUUGCCAGUUACAUUGUGACAGGACCAAAUUUUUCAGGAGUGUCUCCGGUCGAGUUCAGGGCACUUGGCAUGGCAUAAAAAACUGUUUGGACACUGACUCUCUAGGCUCUCAACCGCCUUUACUCUCUCUUUGUCUGCACCGUUUCAGUUUGCCAGACAGAAUUACUCAGACUGUCAGCAGUUUCAUAUUCAGUAAUUUACUGAAUAGCAAUAACUAAUGGUUAUUCAGCAUUAUAGAGACUCUGGCACGUCAUAAGAGAGGGCUGGGUGGACUGGCGUGCAUGAAAGGGAAAAGACUGUAGCUGGUGCGACACAGCUUCUCUCAUUAUUUUUCAUUUAUGGUUUCAAGCCUGAAACUUUGGGUUUCACUUGACUGACCCCAAGUUGAGAUGAUCAGAAAUAGCUUUAAGUGAAGUUCAGUCAUCACAGUUGGCUCAGGAUUUCUGUGUUGAAUCUGGAUUUAACAUACACAGGCGUUGGCAAGAGCUGCUGAGGGUUUGGGUCAGUGCUCUGUAGUGCCAUGUCAGUCCCUUCUCAUCCUGAAGGCAUUCCACGAAAAUCUCCAAAAAGCAGCACCUCUAGCAGUGAGGUGCACCCUGCAUAGAAAUCCAUUUUCCUUUGGUUACAGUGAAAAACGCAUAGCGCUUUUAAUCGCCUGAUAAUGGAACUGUCCUGUUUUUUUGGAAUGCUAUAUAUAUUUUUUGUUUUGUUUUGUCUUAACAUUUAUCUGAUUCUCGUAUUUCAUUGAGCCCUUUGGUUUUAUUGUUUUAUUUAAUUGACAAUAUUUUAAUUAAAUAUAUAUGUAUGCAA